AAACGUUUGUGUACAUGUAUACAUCAAAAUUAAACAAAGGCAUGAUCGAUACUCACACAAAAACGGGUGUCAAUUUUAAGUAUGCUUUUUUAAAUAGUCUUUGUAAAUAUUAUAUUUCUAUUUAAUGGAGUUCAAUGUCUUUACAUGUGAAAAAGUAAGCGAACCAGAAACGAUCAAAUAUUUUCAACGCAGUAGGUUCGUUAAAAUUGUGAAUACUUCGAAGUGAAAAUAUUUUUCUAUUUGGAUAUAGGUUACGGAUGAAAUAGGACAUAAAAAUAUUUUUUGAAACUUCGAAGAUUUUAUUUAACUGCAUUCAGAUGGCAGACGGUAAUGGCGAACCUAGCAAACCACCAGGAAGUGACCAGAAAAUUGAUAGGUUUUGCAUGCCAUGCAAAGACAAAAAUGUACCUGCUGAUCGGUUUUGCAUCGAAUGUGAGGCGUAUUUUUGUGCGCAUUGUUCUCAACACUUUCAUACUGCCAUUCCUGUCCUCGCAAAGCAUGUCAUACUGAAAGAUGAUGAAAUUAAUGUUCUGGGACAGCUUAAGUACAAAUGUGAUAUUCACAAUGAAAUGUUUACGUUCUUCUGCAAAGAUCAUGACGCUCUUUGCUGUACAGUAUGCAUUCAUUUGGAACACAGUGCCUGCAAGGAAAAAGAAUAUAUACAAACCGCAGCAGAAGGGAUAUGUGAUGCGCAAGGACUAGAGCAGCUAAAAGCCGAAAUCAAAGGUAUUCAAGACACACUGUCAGAAUGUACAAAGAAGUUUCAGUUGAAAUCUAAGGUAAAUUUAGAAUCAAAACACAAAGUCACGGACAGUAUCAAACAACAUCGACAAAAAAUCAAUGCACUUUUUGAUGCUCUUGACCAAAGCGCUCUGAAACAAAUGGAGACCAAAUUUGAUUCAAACAAGAUUUACAUAAGUGAAUCAUUGAACAAAUUAACCAGUUAUAGUAAUGAGAGUACACUCUUGAAUCAGCAAGUUAACUUAGCACGUGAAGACAAAAAUUGCCUUGUUUACAUUUGUCUUAAACAAGGGAAUGAGCUUGUCAAAAUUAUCAAGCAAAAUGUAAGUGGUAUGGAUUCUACAACCUCAAAAGAUAACUUCGCGAUUGGUAUAGACGAAAAGAUUGAAUAUUUUAUUAAAACUCGCAAAGAAACUGGACACAUAGAAGAUGACCACAGCCGUUCAAGUGAUGAAUGUGGAGCAAAACGAGAAAUCAUCCCACAGGAUAAGGGAGAUCUAAUUUGCCAGCUAGAGGAAAACAAGAAACUCCUAGAAAAAGACAUAGCGGAGAUGCAAAAUACUAUAAAAGCGAAAGAUAGUAACAUUAGCGCACUGGAAGACAAAGUCAGGGAUAUUUCAAGACAGAAUGAUGAUUUAAAGAAAACUAGAGAUGACCUUGAAAGACGAGUACAAGAUUUGGAAAAUGGCAUUAAGACACAACAAGAACACAUGGUAAAGACGGAGGAGACAUGUAAAGCCUUAAUUCACGGGAACGAUUUAGGGGUUGUGCUUCCAACACUUUGUAAAGAGCUAUCUGUUUUAAACGGAAGUAAACUACGUGAUCUAUACAAAGAUAUCGAGGGCGAAGUCGAUCGAUUGAGCAUACGGAAACUGAAAGUUCAGGUCUAUGAUAUUGGCGAUAUCAAAGCUGAAGAGGAAUUCACAGCGUGCCUUUUAGUGUCUCGAUUCUCUGCUUAUGGUAUGUUCCUACAAGCAAUAAAAAUAACAGACCCAAAGCGCAUCAUCCCCAAUGUGCCUUUGUUGAUCAUUUGCAGGGAUGAUCAAGUCAACACUGGAGCUAUUUUUAGAGGAUUUUUAUUUCCACAAGCUACAGCAAUAAUAGUAAUAUCAAGACCGUUAGGUCCCUACAGCACUACUGAAAACCAUGGUUCCAUAAAUGUCCUGAAGUAUCUAACAGAUGUGUAUCAAUGUGGAAUGGUAUGCGCUGUUUCUGUAAAAGGAUCGAUCUUGGAAGCAGACGAAGGGGCAGUUAACAAAAUUCUUUGGUUCAUUCGCACUUUCAACAAAGGCCUGUCUUAAGAAUACAGUUGUGUGGAUGACAAAGAUGCAGAAGCUGAAGAAAACAUGUAUGAUUCAUUAAAUCUGAGAAAAUAAUGUAUUGUGUUGUAUUAAGAAGAGGAAGAAGCUGAGGAGACAUCGAUGAUUAGUAAAACUUUGAAAGGAUCGACAAUUAAAUAAAUGUUUAAAGUAAACAGUUAUAUUCAAAGUUUCCAUGUUGAACAUUUAUAUUUAGACUGGCUCCCGUCCCUAUGUUUGUUCUGUCAUAUUUCUCAUAUAUAAGUUUUCUUCAUUAACAGUGGAGGUAACUCCAGCAGGUUGUUUCUAUAAUGACAUUUGUUAUUCCCCCUGGCUCCGAACAUAGGUAUGGUUAGCCAUCAAAUAAAAAAUGUGCUAUUUUAGAGACUUAAAAAUUACUCAUAAAAUAUUUGCAGUAUUAAUAAAGAUAAAGAAUAUAACCAUGCAACCAGGGAGCCAGGCUAAUUUAUAUUGUAAGCAAGAAAAUUACGGAUAGAUCUGUUGGUAGCAAUAACAACCAUUUUGUUGCAUUUCAAGUUUUCGUGGACACAUAUUUUUGAAGUCCUGAUUCUAUGUUAUGCAAAAAUGAUCUUUCCUGUGAUUAUUACUGUUUGUGAUUUCAACAGUAAAGUGUACAGGAAAGGUCCGGCAAUGAGGUUUGAAAACAAUUUCCAUGUUCCUAUUUUUAAUAUUAUAUGUCCGCCCAGAAAAUAUUAAAUGAAAUUAUAUACUUAUUAUGGUAUUUUUCGCAAAAUAGAGAUUGCGCUAUUUAAAAUAAAAUUAGAUUAAUUUUAUAUUAUAUCAUAUAGCUGUUCACUGGAAAGGGAGUGUUUGAUUUUCUUCCAUGAAAAUCAAUGUAUCUAAUAUACAUAAAGGAAAGAAAGACACUGUUUCAUUCCAAUGAAUGGAGUUUUUGAUUUGUCUCGUUAUAUUUCAUAAACCUGUAGAAAAUUUCAUUCAGAUCCAAUAUUUAGUCUGAUUGAUCCUGUUUUAUAACCGUAAAAAUCUUUGAAUUGAAUUAUUCAAUAGAAGGUUUCAAUGUUUUACAAAAACACGUAUUUGUCCCAGAAUUCGUAUUGCAUAAACAAUGAUAUACACAUCUAAAAUGCCAUUCAAAAAUGCGAUUGCGCUCACUAUUAAGUUCAGUCUUGAAUAGAAUUAUUUACCUAUCUCCAUUCUUCUUUCACUGUUCGGCGAAAUCACGAAUAAGACAUUCUUUUUCCAGAGCUUGAUCUGCUUUCGACAGUUCUUUUUGACUUCUUCUUCUAUCAUCAAAUAUUUUUAUUAGUACAAAAUAUUUGACCUUUAGCCGGAACUAUUGUAAUCAAUGUUGAUUCGAUCAUACUGUUUAAUAAACCUCAUAUUAUA